AAAAUUUCCUUCUCUACUUACCCUUUCUUCUUCCUUCAUCUUCUUAUUCCAUCGACAGCCAAGUCCUCGACUUCCGAUCACCCCAUCCGUCUCUUUCCAUGUAGCGAACUCUUCAACCUGCCAAAACGAGUCUCCGGACCCGGACCCCCGGAUCCCGCUUCGCUGCGUUCAACCGGCUUCCGCACGUUUGCACUUUGACUGACUCGCCUCUCUUCUCGGCUUUCGCGAUCUGGACGCAAGUAACGGGAUCGUCGCUGAAGAUAAACCCCUUGAUCCUAGCCUGCCUGGCCUUGUCCCCCGCUUCACACAGUACACAGUCACAGCUCUCGAAUCUCGACCAUGUCACUCUUCACAGCCCAGCUGCACCCUGGCAGGGCUCUGGGCUUCCUCACUCUUGGAGCCGAUCUCCACGACAUCCUCACGCGCCUAAAAGCCGAGCCCCAGCAAUUCCCCAAGAUCGAGUUGGCCUACUCCCGCCAACGUCCCGUCGAAGCACCCGUGACCGUCAUACUCCCGACCAACGGCCUUCGGCUUCGUUUCGACGGCCCAGAACAGCGUCUGCGUCUUAUUGAGGUCAUCGACUUCACCAAGAACCACAUCACUUUCAAAGACCGCCAUCUCGUCAAGCCUGCCAACACCCAACAACCGUCCUCGCCUCCGAGCCCCGGCGAAUCCGGUGCGGGACCGACGUUCCGCCACAUCUACCACCGGCUGCUAGGACCGACUUAUGGGGGGGAAUACAUAGCACCGGCGGCGGGCUCGUCCCAAGGUGUUGGGAACUACGUGUUGUCUUACCCGGGCGUGGCUUUCACCUUUGCCCUGGCACAGUCGGCCUACUCGCCCUCCAAGGACGUCGUAUCUCUACUCUCUUCGUCCUCGUCGACAGCCCAGGUGGCCACGUCCAUGGCCGUCUUUAGCGGUGACUCGUGGGCCGAGGCGCGCGAGACCCUAUGGAGCGAGGUCCUCCCGAGCGUCAAGACUCUCUCGGCCGUGCCCCGCGGGAAAGAUGCCGUGCCCGACGAGGUCUCCCUGAUCAAGAUCCACGGCGGCGGCAAGACGCAGCUUUUCCGUAAGUGGACCAGUGCUUCGUCCUGGAUCGUGCUCGGGGAGACCACCCCUCAGGAGCUCGUCGCCGACCUCGGCCCGCCCAACGCCAUCUACCGGAAAAACGAUCAGCGCAUGACAAUCCACAAGCUGCGUACCGCGAGCCACAGUCGGACGCGGACCAACGGCACCGACCCGCCACGGCCCGACGACCUGACGGACACCGACCAGUCUUCGGCCCAUACCGCCUCGGAGGAUUCCAACGAGGAGGCCAUCGAAGACGACGUCGGAAGCAGCACAGUCGCCGGCGAAUGUUUCUACAACUACUUCUACCACGGCUUCGACGUCUUGGUGUCCACUCCUACGACCCCCUCGCAACCUCCUCCUCCUGGCAGCUCCACCGCCCACCCGACGGGGCCGACGCCGAACGCAAAUGGCGGCAUCAAGUCGGUAUCGCCAGACCGUCUAGUCGCCACCAAGCUCGUCCUCCACGGCAACGUGCCCGGCUCGUACGAGUUCAACCGCCACCGCCGCUGCCGGUGGGAGAUCAGCUACCUGGACACCACUCACACGGAGUCGGGCGAGGCUGCCGCGGUGGUCGACUCGGAGACCAGGUUCGUCGAUGUCGAGGACCGGCUCAACGCCAAGUGGAAAGGCGUAAUGCCCGACGCGGCGACGGCACCGGGGCAGCGCCAGAGGGGCAUGGUGCUCAACCGCGGCUGGGGCGACAGCCCCGGCAGCAGCGUCGAGUUUCUGGGCGGGUGGGAGGAUAGCGGGGGCCAGGUCGGGGGCGGUGGUUGUGGUGGUGGUGGUGGUGGUGGUGGCGGUGCGCAGAGGCCGGAUGGUGGCGAUGAGUCGACGACGACGUUGUAUGGAUUCCCCGGCUUGGUGUUUGAGGUGUUGAAGAAUGGGUUUGUGAAUACUGUUACGGUGUAUUAGGGGCGACGUAUGGGGGGGAUUUUAUUCCUUUUUUUCCCCUCUGUUUUGCGAUUUCUCUUACGGCGUCGGAUAUUACAGGGGGAAUAGCGACUAUCGUGCGAUUCCAUUCAGGGCAUUAGGGGAACUCUGGCCGGGUUGGAGGUUAGGCACAUGAUUUACUCAGUCAAGACAUUAGCUGGCAACGGUUGCAGACGGCAUGCAUGAUUCAGUUCUGUUUGGCACAUUGUUAUCUUCAAGCAGAACAGACGAGGCUGUAGAAUGGUAUCUGGCCUUAACUUGUUUCGGUAUCGAGGACUUUUUGUUUUGUUUUGCUUGCGUGGGGAGGGGGUUUUAUAUCUUAAAUACGACUUGGUACUUCCGUACGGUUGUAUAUACACCUUAGCAAUGUCAACGUUAAAACGAGCCGUCAGAAAAACUGUCGCCGCG